AUGUUUAGAAAUAGCAUAAGAAGUAUCAGGCCAUCCAGCUUAAGGGCUGUUACUCGUUUCAAUGCUCUCGCCACUAGAGCUUAUGCCACUGCUCCAGAUAAAACGACCGAUGCUUUCAUUAAAUAUCAAGAAAAACUUGAUCAAAAAGCAAAAUCUUUAGGAUUGAAAGAUGCAGCAGAAUUACAGGAAAAGCUCAAGGAAGAUAUAGAAUUAAAGAAGAAAGAAUUCAAUGCCGUCGAUCCAUUGAAAGAACUCGAAGCGUACGAAAGAAAGAAGGCAGAAGAAAUCCAAAAGAAUAAGGAUUCAAAAACUAUCAAGGUUAGAUCACCUGUCGACAAAGAUGCCCCAGUGGCACCAUAUAAAACCCUUGAUAGCUUCAUAGAUGUUGAGAAAGCAAAAGAAUUGCCUGCUAAAGAAUUACAAUUCAUAUGGAGAGCUAGAUUUCAAAAUAAAGAAGGUAAUUUCCAUGCAGCCUUAAACAGUAUCCAAUUUGCUAAGAUGUAUGCUAAUGCUUUCAAAAACCCAAGUUUCAUCUUACCUUUACCAAAAACUGAGGACGGAUACGAAAUGCAUUUCGUUCAAUGGAGCUUUGUCGGUCCAAAGACCACUCAUUGUAUGUUAACGACUGUUGCUGAAUACAAACUUCAUAAAGAGUACGCUAAACCACAUACCACGCUUAUGUUUCAUCAAGACUUAGCUGAUAAAACUGAUCUUGUCUUAAUGAACGGUCAACUUGAAGCCGAUGUCCCAUUAACAAUGGAAGAAGCCCAACUUUUGAUAUUAAAUGUUCAAAGAUUUUAUGGUGGUCUUACUGAUAAAGAAGGUUCUAAGAGAAAAUUAGAAUUAUUAAGAGAUUUCACUUCUGGUAAUCCAAACUUCGAUAUGGAUAAGCUUAUCAAUGAAGCAGCUUCUCUUGAUUAA